AAUGAGCGGGCGGGCAGGUGGAGGGGUAGAUGGCGCAGAGUCGGUUCUUGAGAAUGUCUGGGGAAAGCGAGAACUUUAGUUCCUGAAGAGGAUUAGGAGGGAGGGAGGUUAAGUGGAAGGGGAUUACGUAAUCCAAUCUCUGACAUAUCCCUACCCUGCCCCCUUGGGCAGAGGGUAAACUGAGGCACGCAGAGACGGAACUCUAAAAGCAGAACUGAGACUACUGGUCUCUCUCGCGCCUCUUCCCAGAAUGAACCCCGGUGCCCCCUAGGCUGUGCAACACCGGAGCAUCCCUGACAUCUCUCCGCACACCACCCCCCCCCAGCACCGCCCCCAGCCCCCUCCCCCCAAUGCGGGUCGGGGGAGGAGACGCAAGUUCUGGAGCGGGCGACGACGGCUAGCAGUCACCGCCUCCUGCAAGUGCCAGAGCCAGGCGGGCAGCGCAGAGGCUGCGGUGGCCGUGGCCCCGGAGCUGGCCCUGCGGGGCCCCUGGGGGGGGAGGGGGAACCGCCAAGCCCCCGCUGAGGCCGCCGCUGCCGGGCCUCCCCUCCCCCCCGGGCGGGCGCCAUGCGGGGGGGCCCGGGCGACGCGGAGCGGAGGCAGCGCUGGAGUCGCCUCUUCGAGGAGCUGGACAGGAACAAGGAUGGCCGCGUGGACGUGCACGAGUUGCGCCAGGGAUUGGCCCGGCUGGGCGCGGGCGACCCGGACCGCAGCGCCCAACAGGGCAUCUCCCAUGAGGGCGACACUGACCCCGAUGGUGGGCUUGACCUGGAGGAGUUUACCCGCUACCUGCAGGAGCGAGAGCAGCGUCUGCUGCUUCUUUUCCACAGUCUGGACCGGAAUCAGGACGGUCAUAUCGAUGUCUCUGAGAUCCAGCAGAGUUUCAAAGCUCUGGGCAUUUCCAUCUCGCUGGAGCAGGCGGAGAAAAUUCUGCACAGCAUGGACCGUGACGGCACCAUGACCAUCGACUGGCAAGAGUGGCGAGACCACUUCCUGUUGCAUCCGCUGGAGAACGUGGAGGACGUGCUCUAUUUCUGGAAGCAUUCCACGGUCCUGGACAUUGGCGAGUGCCUGACUGUCCCCGACGAGUUCUCAGAGCAGGAGAAGCUGAGCGGCAUGUGGUGGAAGCAGCUGGUGGCGGGCGCGGUGGCGGGCGCUGUGUCUCGGACAGGCACCGCCCCUCUGGACCGCCUCAAGGUCUUCAUGCAGGUCCACGCCUCCAAGACCAACCGGCUGAAUAUCUUGGGGGGCCUACGGAGCAUGAUCCGAGAAGGGGGUGUGCGUUCCCUGUGGCGUGGCAACGGGAUCAACGUGCUCAAGAUUGCCCCUGAGUCGGCUAUCAAGUUCAUGGCCUAUGAGCAGAUCAAGUGGGCCAUCCGGGGACAGCAGGAGACGCUGCACGUGCAGGAGCGCUUUGUGGCUGGCUCCCUGGCUGGCGCCACGGCCCAAACCAUCAUUUACCCCAUGGAGGUGCUGAAGACACGGCUGACCCUUCGCCGGACGGGCCAGUACAAGGGGCUUCUGGACUGUGCGCGGCGGAUCCUGGAGCACGAAGGGCCCCGCGCCUUCUACCGUGGAUACCUGCCCAACGUGCUGGGCAUCAUACCCUACGCGGGCAUCGACCUGGCCGUCUACGAGACCCUGAAGAACCAAUGGCUUCAGCAGUACAGCCACGACUCGGCAGACCCGGGCAUCCUCGUGCUCCUGGCCUGCGGCACCAUCUCCAGCACCUGUGGCCAGAUAGCCAGUUACCCCCUGGCCCUGGUCCGGACCCGCAUGCAGGCCCAAGCCUCCGUCGAGGGCGGCCCCCAGCUCUCCAUGCUGGGUCUACUCCAUCACAUCCUGUCCCAGGAGGGCGUGCGGGGCCUCUACCGGGGCAUUGCCCCCAACUUCAUGAAGGUUAUCCCAGCUGUGAGCAUCUCCUAUGUAGUCUACGAGAACAUGAAGCAGGCCCUGGGGGUCACGUCCAGGUGAGGGACCCAGAGCCUGUCCCCCACAAGAUCCUUCACCUCAAUCGUGAUGCUCCCUACACCUCAGCCACUGGAACCUGAUGGCCCAGCCAGUGGGUCCCAGGUCCCCCCACACUCAAACCACAGGUCCCCACACUUCAGCCACGGGUCCUGCACGCCCACAUCCCAGCUACUUGAUCCCGUGUUUUCUUGUCCCCGCACACACACUGGGUCCUGGACCUCCAUGUCUUAACCACUGGAUCCCCCACAACCCUGCUAAUGGAUCCUGAUACCCCAGCCCCAGGAGCACAUCACCCCAUAUCUGAUUGCCCAGACCCCAGCUGCCUCAGGCACCAGAUCCAGUGUCCCCACGCAGCACUGGAUCCCAGAUCCCCAGCCCCACUGGUGGAUCCCAGAUCCCUACGCUUCAAGCUCUGGAUCUCCCAGCUCUGCCACUGGAUUCUGGAUAUCAAGAAACCUCAGCCACCGGAUCCUGACAAUGCAAUGCCUGGAUCCCGGGGCCCCAACCACUGGAUCUCAGAUCCCCUCACCCCAACCACUGGAUUCCUGAAUUCCUUUACCUCGACACUGGGUCCUGGAUCCCUCUGCUUCGACUGCCGGAUCCCUACAUUUCAACCACUACACCCUCAACCCCCAACCACUGGAUCCCAGAUGCCCAACCACCAACCCGCCAGAUCCUAAAGCCACUGGCAGAGCGAGUGGGUCCUGGCCACCCUAACUGCUGGAUCUCAGAUCCCUUCGUCGCAGGAAUCGGAUCCCGAAACCUCACCCCUAGGAGGCAGACCCUGACACCUCCAGGCAAUGGAUCCCAACAUCAUAACCCCUGGUUUCUGACUUGAACCCCCCAAGCACUGGAUCCUAACUGCUCAGACCACCAAGUCAAGAUCCCAAAGGGCCAAUGGUAGCAUCCUAGAGCCCACGAGCCCCCGCAUCAGGCACACACUAGAGCCCGGAGACCCCUCCCCAUGACAUGAAUCCCAUAGUCUAGGGAGCCUGCAGCUGGCCCAGGUCCUGGCCUCCCAGGUCCAGAAAACCCACAGGACUCGGCCAAGGUCCUGACCCUGCAAGCUGCCCCUCCCAUGCCCUGCACAGACCCCGGAUCCCCCCACCUCCCAGCAUGACCACAGCUCUGCGCCCUAUGGAGAAACUGCUCCCUCAAGAGCCUCCCCCCCACAACGCUCUGCAGCAUCUCCCACCCCCGAUAACAGCUGAUAACCCUCCUCAGAGCCUGGGUCCCUCUGCGGGAUCCAGUUGCUCCUUCUUGGUGGCUGGCAAAGAGGGAAACUGAGGCCAGGGACACAUUAAGGGGACCCUCCGCAGGCUUCAGCGUUGGAAGCCAGGAGCAAGUCUAUAGAGACCACCCUUCCCUAAACCCAAGCAGCCAAUUAUGCAAAAACAAACAGGCCAAAUGCCCCCAAACUCACACCAGGUCUAUUUUUCUACCAGAGAGGAGCAGACAUCCCGCCCCCCAACUAACCCAAGCCCCCAGCCCACCCCCUACACUCUGCACUUUAGAGUUGGAUUCUGAGCUUAGGAGAGUUGGGGGGCCCCCUCGCUCCACUCCUCCCAAGUCCUUGGGGAACCCCAGUAAAGGACUGUGAAAGAGGAACUGGGAUGUUUGGGGGAGCUGGAGGGCCCCUCCCAAGUCUUCCCCCUCCCCCCACCUCCACCGUGGCCCACCUCCUGCCCGUGUGUGUUAUUUCAAAGGCAAAGAACAAAAGGAACACAUUUUCUAA